UCGAAGAAGAAAAAGAACACAAGAUCGGAUUACAAGAUGGCGGUCUGUGGACGUUAGCAAGAAGGCCGUUGGAGUUGUUGUGUUCUCUGUGAAUUUUACUGUUUGAUAAGAGGCCUCCUGUUGAGUUGUUUCACAUCGUGGACGUAAUAUGUUUAUGAAAUAGCUACUGAUACACUGUGCCGCUGCUGUGAACUUUACUUAGACGUGCAUGUUUAGUAACAUGCGGGUGGAAACAAAGUUAACAGGUCGAGGGUAGGAAAACACCAGACGGGGUGAGGUGAUAGCUUGUUAGCAGCCUGCUAGCCUGCUAGCUCCGACUCGGUUAACCAUGUCGGACACUCGGCGGCGAGUGAAAGUAUAUACGCUAAAUGAAGACCGGCAGUGGGAUGAUCGGGGUACCGGACACGUUUCGUCUACGUUUGUUGACCGACUGAAGGCAAUGUCGCUAUUAGUUCGGGCCGAAUCAGACGGAUCUCUGCUGUUGGAGUCGAAGAUAAGCCCGAAUACUGCAUAUCAGAAACAACAGGACACACUGAUUGUCUGGUCGGAAGCAGAUAAUUAUGACCUUGCCCUAAGUUUCCAGGAGAAGGCAGGCUGCGAUGAGAUCUGGGAGAAGAUUUGCCAGGUUCAAGGCAAGGACCCUGCUCUGGACAUCACCCAGGACCCCAUUGAUGAGUCCGAGGAGGAGCGCUUUGAGGAGAUUCCAGAGACAAGCCACCUGGUGGAGCUCCCGCCAUGUGAGCUAAGCCGACUGGAGGAGAUCGCUGACCUUGUUACCUCUGUCCUGUCUUCGCCCAUCCGAAGGGAAAAACUCGCUUUGGCCUUGAUGAGCGAGGGCUACAUCAAGAAACUCCUGGGUCUCUUCAGAGUAUGUGAGGACCUGGACAACAGGGAAGGUCUUCAUCACCUCUAUGAGAUCGUCCGGGGUGUCUUGUUCCUCAAUAAAGCAGCCCUCUUUGAGGUGAUGUUCUCUGAUGACUGUAUCAUGGAUGUAGUGGGCUGCCUUGAGUAUGACCCGGCGCUGGUUCAGCCUAAACGGCACCGGGAAUUCUUGACCAAGACAGCAAAGUUUAAGGAGGUGAUCCCUAUCACGGACUCAGAGCUGCGGCAGAAGAUCCACCAGACCUACCGGGUGCAGUACAUCCAGGACAUCAUCCUGCCUACACCAUCUGUUUUUGAGGAGAACUUCCUGUCCACACUCACGUCCUUCAUCUUCUUCAACAAGGUGGAGAUUGUCAGUAUGUUGCAGGAGGACGAGAAGUUCCUAACAGAGGUCUUUGCACAGCUCACAGACGAAGCCACAGAGGACAGUAAAAGGAGAGAGCUUGUGAACUUUGUCAAGGAAUUCUGUGCUUUUUCACAAACGUUGCAGCCACAAAACAGGGACGCUUUCUUCAAAACUCUGGCAAAUCUAGGCAUUUUACCUGCUCUUGAAAUAGUCAUGGGAAUGGAUGACCUGCAGGUGAGGGCAGCAGCUACAGACAUCUUCUCUUACCUGGUGGAAUUCAGCCCCUCCAUGGUCAGGGAGUUUGUCAUGCAGGAACCACAACAGACGGACGACGAUGUUCUGCUGAUAAAUGUUGUGAUCAAGCAGAUGAUUUGUGACUCUGACCCAGAGUUAGGAGGGGCCGUCCAGCUGAUGGGUCUGCUCAGGACGCUCAUUGACCCUGAGAACAUGCUGGCUUCCACCAAUAAAACAGAGAAGACAGAAUUUUUGAGUUUCUUCUACAAGUACUGCAUGCAUGUCCUGACUGCUCCUCUGCUGGCCAACACUGCACAUGACAAAAACUCAAAAGACCUGCAAGAGGGGUCAACUAAGAUCAACCCGGUCUGUCCAGACAACUUCCAGACAGCCCAGCUGCUGGCACUGAUCCUGGAGCUUCUGACCUUCUGUGUGGAGCAUCACACCUACCACAUCAAGACCUACAUCAUGAACAAAGACCUGCUCAGGAGAGUGCUGGUGCUCAUGAACUCAAAACACACCUUCCUUGCUCUUUGUGCCCUGCGUUUCAUGCGCAGGAUCAUUGGUCUGAAGGAUGAGUACUACAACCGCUACAUCAUCAAAGGGAACCUGUUUGAGCCUGUCAUUAAUGCCCUGCUGGACAAUGGCACCCGAUACAACCUCCUCAACUCUGCCAUCAUAGAGCUCUUUGAGUUCAUUAAAGUGGAGGACGUCAAGUCUCUCAUAGCUCACAUUGUGGAUAACUUCUACAAAGCACUUGAAUCCAUUGAAUAUGUCCAGACUUUCAAGGGCCUGAAGGGCCGGUACGAGCAGGAAAAAGACAGACAGAGUCAGAGACUCAACAGAUAUCGCAGAGAUGCGCGGUCGUUGGACGAGGAUGAGGAGCUGUGGUUCAAUGACGACGACGAUGACGAUGAUGGAGAGGCUGUGGAGAAGAGCCGAAUGGAGGAUGACUUCUCCGACAGCUACGGGAAGUACAUGGAAGCCAAAAAAGUCUCUGUUACUUCAGGAGCUGCCAACGGAGCUAAUGGUGCCAACAAUAACGGGAAAGCUGCUGCAAUCCCACCUGCCUCACCAGCUGUCACUCCAAACAACGGUUCAUCUUCCUCUGUCAAAACAGUCGCUCUUCCUGCCACACCAGUAGUGAAGACUGCUCUGGUUGGUUUGGUGGACUACCCUGAUGAUGAAGAUGAAGAGGAAGAAGAUGAGGAGGAAGAUCAGUCUCCCAGGAAGCGGCCCCGUCUGAGCUCUUAAGGCUAACUGUCGUCUGUUUGGUCGUAGUGGACGGACACAGAGUCCCUCCCAUCCUCCCUCCUCUGGUCGUCUCAUUGGUCCUUGGCCUGCCUGUGCCACCCGUCAGUCUCACUGAGGAGACGGGCAAAGACGAGCUCCCACCUCACCCACUCCCUCCUGAUUUCUGCUCCUCUUUUCUCCCUCAGUGGAAGGAGAUGGAGAGCUUCUUUUGAAAGACAAAUCAGUCUGUUGAUUUUUACCUCUUCCUUUUACCAACAGCCUCCUAUUGGAGGUGCCAGAGUCUCCUUUUCUUCCUCCUGAGGAGAAACUCAUUGACCCUUUGCAAAGUCAUCCCUCCUCUCUGUCAUAACGACCUCCUGCUCUCCCAGUGCUGACCUCCUCCUCAACAACUUUCUCCUCUUCAUCCACCAUCCUACGUACCGACCAGAGAGGCUGCGGUGGAUGUAACAGUGCCAAGGCGGUUCCCAACUCUGCUCUGUUGCUAUAGCAACAGUAGCACGGAAGCUGCGGUACUAGAGCAACCCCACAGGAACCCUCGUGUUCUCAUUUGAACUCUCCCUUCCAUCCUUCUCAAACCCGAACCGAUGAGCUCCAGAGACAGAGGAAGCCAGAACACAACCAGCCAGUGUACGAACUGUUCAGGAGGCCAGUCAGGCUAGCAGGACUAGCCAUCAUAGUUAUAGGAAGCUUGACUGGCUGAAGCCGUGUGUGCCACCCUGCCACAGAACUGUUCACUUUUGUCAGAGACCGAGGGAUCUAGUCAACAUGGAAGAGUUAAACAAAAUGUUGAGUGGCGAGGGAGGUCAGAAAUGAUGAAAACUCAGCAGUGAUGAGGCUUAGAUCCAGAGGAGCAGGACUCAGACCUACAAAAGCCAUGGCGUCAGUUUGGCCAAGGCACACACACACAAAAAACACACACACACACGUCUCACACACAGGACUGCGUUCGCCAGAGAUCCUGUAUUUCAUGACUUUGUUAAAAAGUACUGUACAGAUGUUUUAUUUUCUUUUUAAUCAUUUUUCCCUGAUCUGAUUUUCAAAGGGGGAGAAAGAUCCCUACCUACCUGUGUAUUUUUGUUGUCGUUGCACAAAAGGUGGGGUCACUGUUCACCCUCUCAGUCCAGUUCAUUUGAUUCAAUGUAAAAUGCAGAGACGUUGCAAAUGCUGGUUUUAAUAACAACAUAUUAAAACUGCAGUAAAGUCAUUUUUGCAGCCAUGUUUUUGAGGAUGUCUGGAGUUUUGUAUUUUAGUGGAUUUCAAGAAUUUAGUGGCCUCAUUAUGAUGCACAUGCAGCCCAGUUUUUUGUUUCAACUGGGCGACAAACCUGAGCUGUCGGUGUGCUUAGAGUAGAUUAGUGCACACUCUUGUUUCAGGAGGUCCAAGUCCUGGCACUCUUCUCUCAGACAGAUCUCAGGUUCAGAGUUUGCAUCAGAAACAAAAAGCUCCCCACCUUGUCUGUGCACUGUAACACUGCUAGCUGGUCAAACAUCUCACGUUUAUUACUGAAUGAAGAAAGAUUCCAGUGAGCUGCAAGGAACUUAAGGUGCCAGUAGCUUUAUCCCAGUUUGAAGGUCCACAAUUUUAAAACCAGUUGAUUCAGAAGUAUUCAGCUUGGUCAAAAAGUUUACAUCUAAAUUUGAGUUUCUUUGGCCUGUCCAUAAAACAACUCUGCAGAUCAAAAAUAAGUUGAAUGAUUGGAUGAGCUGUUUUUAUUAUUACAAAAAUGAUUAAACCCCAGAGUUGAUGCAGUGCAGUUUGAGAAUCAACCCGUGUUGUUAAAGUGGAUUAUUUCUGACACAACACGCAGGUUUGACGUGGUCAGCAGGCCCCGAGGCAUUUUAUUGUCGCGUUGAAACAUUUCUCCUGUUGUAUCUUCUGUCCUGGCCUCGCCACAAGCACACUGAGAGGCAGAUGAAGGCAGCAAAUUAGCUAAAAAUGCCAGACCACGCAGACUUCUGUCGAACCACGAGCAGCACAAGUAAAACACAUAUUGCCAAUGUGCUUUUCGUAAUUCAGCAGUACCUGAGCAGUGAAUUGUCUUUCUUCCUGUCUGUUAGCGUCACCCAACAAUAUGACUGUUGUUGCUCCCCCUUGAUGAAUUUGUACCAAGUGCAUUUACUACCACUAUCCAUUCUUAACAUUUGUAUGAAUUUAUUUGAUAAGUUUUGAAAUUAAAUGUGACCCUGACAUUGAA